AUGAAGACUUACUCCACCGUUGCUGGGGCAUGCUACAUGCUGGUUUGCAUGACCCCGACUCAUGCCGUCGAACGCAAGUUGGUUCUAGGAGGAGACAUCGUCCCAGCUGGCACCAAGACUUAUACGACUGGUAUUCGCAGAACUGCUAGCGGUAACAAUGUCUGCGGUGGAACUCUAAUUUCGCCGACUCAUGUGAUCACCGCGUCACACUGCGGCAGUAACUACGACAUUCGCUGGGUGUCUGUGGGCUCGCACUACAUCAACGGCACUAUCGAUGGCGAGCAGAUCAAGGUCGUGUCCAUCAUGAACAGCCCCAACUACGAGUCCGGCCAAUUUCCCAAUGACUACGCUAUUCUGGAGUUAGCGAAGCCCAGCUCCUUCAGGCCCGCUAAGCUUGCCGCUGCUGAUGACUCGGAUUAUGCCCCGGGUAAGCCCGCAAUGAUGUUCGGAUGGGGUUAUACCGCAGAUCCCGCAGCUAACGGCACUGUGUCCUACGAGCUUCGAGGCGUAGAUCUCCCUCUGUGGGACGAUGAAAACUGCACGAAGAAAAUGGACACGGACAGCUCGAUGAUUUGUGCUGGAGGAAUUGCGAACAAGGACUCGUGUGAACAGGACUCAGGCGGGCCGCUUAUCCUUGAAACGGGAUCGCAAGACGUUCUGAUCGGUCUGUCGAGUUGGGGGCCAUCACCUUGUGGCUAUCCGGGUGCUCCUGGUGUGUAUGCGCGCAUCUCACACGCUCGUCCAUGGAUUGAUUCCAUCAUCAACGGGACCUGUCUUGCCUAAGAGAGAGAGAUGUUUUACUUCGGCUAUGUUGAAGGGCUCUUCAGUAGCUUGCUCUAACAUGGCAACAGUGAUGUGCAAGCCUUCCGAAAAAUACAUUGAAGGGAAAAUGUUACUGC